UAUACACUCCGGUCCAGUAGGUGGCGGUACACACCUGAUAGUUGGUAUUGCAACCUGCUAAAAAACGCAACGAAGAAGAAGGAAUCCGAAGCGCUGUUUGUUUUGGUUUCGUCUCAUGUUGUCUUCAUCACUACAGGUUUCAACACCGUCGACAGUUGUAAACGAUAUUAAAUAAUACCGUAAUUGAAUAGCGGUAAUUAUCUGUGCAUUUGGAUGCGUGCAUCGUUAUUUGGUCCCCCGCCAGCGGACCCCAAAAAACAACGUCGUUAGAAUGGAAAUGUCUGCAAUGCAGUGUUUCCGGGAGUGUUUCGAGGAGAGGUUCCAUGCUUUCGUCGGAGAAAUAUGCGUAAUCUUCGAAACGAUUGUGGCAAAGUACGAGGACGAGAUCGCUCGACAGCGCCGACUGCUGGACUACAUUUUGAAACCGGAAGUAAAGCUGCACAGGAUGGACCUACCAAAGCAACUUGUCUGCAAUGAGGAACAGGUUCCUGCUGAGCCGAAGGAUUCCAGUCCGGACCAAGAGGACGCAGAACUUCCACAGAUCAAAGAGGAACAGGUGGAUCUGUGCAUCAGUCAGGAGGCCGAGCAGCUCGCACUGAAGGAGGAGACUGAUGAUGCUCUCAUCUUGAAUCCUACUUGCGAGGAAAGUGACCAACAGCUCUUCCCUCACCGCCCUCCGGCACCUGAGGCCGCAGAUCACGACGGAGGAGACGAGCCUGGAAGCCCAACGUCAAAGUCUAAGAAGAGAUCGCACAAAGCAAACAAAUGUCACCCCACCUUGUCAAAGGUUUCCCCGAAUACCUGCAAGUUUAAGACGGGUUUCAAGUGUGUCACCUGUGGCGAUGCCUUCAAGCAAAAGUCUCAGUUGAACAAACACCUGCGCGUCCACACCGGCGAGAGACGGAACUCUUGCAAAACAUGCGGGAGAAGCUUCGCGUGCAACAGCGACUUGCUGAUCCACACGCGGCGGCACACGGGCGAGAAGCCAUAUCCCUGCGCCACCUGCGGGAAGAGGUUCAUAGACAUGUCGUCGCUGAAAACGCACAUGAGCGUGCACACAGGGGAGAAACCCUACUCCUGUAAAAUAUGCGGGAAACACUUCCGCCUGGGCAACCUCUACAAAGUCCACAUGAGGACGCAUUCGGGCGAGAGGCCGUACCAUUGCAAAACGUGCGGGAAAAGUUUCGGCCACGUGUCGAACUUUAAGAGGCACACGGUAAUCCAUACUGACAAAAGGCCAUACCCCUGCUCAACAUGUGGCAGCGCCUUCAGACUUAAGAGUGAAUUGACUGCCCACGUUCGAGACGUACACCACGGUGUGCAGCCUGUCCCUGUGACGUCAGUGGGAAAAUACACUGUGAUGAUGCUCAAUUUGCCCGCCGUGUGAUAUCACGCACGGACAAGUAGCCCGCUUGUACAUAAAGAACAUUUGGGAGAUGGGUUUAGCUGCAUACAAGAGAAGAAGAGAAAAUACAUUUUAGAUCUCUGUAGCUCAAUGUGGAAAAUGUCCUAUUGAAAAGUCACAAUAUUUGAUUUCAUGUUGUCUGCAAUGUUUGCUGAAGUACCCUCAUAUUUGUUCAUGAUGUCUAUAAAUCAAAUUUAUUAUUAUUAUUAUUAUUAUUAUUAUUAUUACUGAAUUACUGAUACUUACCCCCUGCAGAGGAGUUUAUAUUUUCACCCGUGUCUGUUUGUACCUUUGUUUAUCGCACUAUGCGCCAAAGUACGUUGUAGUACCAACUUACCAAAAAAAGUACCAAAGUUCCAAAUUUGCACUAAACAAGGUGGAGGGGAAUGGGGCAUGGGCACAGAGAAGAGCCCCUUUUUAGUAAUAAUGGUAGGACUGAUAAGCAAUUGCUUCCACCUACAUAUUACUGUAUAUUUGUUUCCUUUCAUUUUUUUUAGCUUACCUUAUUCCUUUGUUGUUUUGUAUCACAUUGCCUGUGGAAAUUGUUCACGUGGUCAAAACUGACAGAACAGAAACAAAACAGUUGCCAUCAUGUCCCUGACAUUGGAAUAAGAUGUUGACGGCCAUUGUGUCCUAUACACUGUUAUCUGCUCCCGCCCAUAUGCUAUAAUACUGAGAUGUUUCUAUUGCACCUUAAGUUUUUAAGUUUGUCUGUCUGCAUUUGAGCUGUGCCAAGAAUCUUCUCUUUAUACAGACAUGUGUUGAAUAAACUCAUAUUCAAAGACAA